AUGGACGAGCUUUUCGAUGUGUUCGACGCUCAACCUGACGCGCAAAACGAGUCACACAGCGAGCCCGAGCCUGAGACUGAGGUCGCCGAGGCCCCUCAGAAGUCGCGCAAGAAGGACAAGAAGAGCAAGAAGCGCAAGGCCGAUGGCGGAAUCAAGAAUGGCGUCGCCGACAAGCCAGAGGACGACGACAUGCCUGAUGCCGAUGACACCUCCAAGGAUGGCCAGGAUGCCGAGGAAGCCGAGGACGCUGCCGCUUCGUCUGACGAACAGCAGGAGCCCCAUAAGGACAAGCGGAGGAAGAAGGAAGACGAGGCCCAGCCUGUCAUGACCGACAACUUCCAGACUGCUCAGUCCCGAGAGGUUGCUAGCGCAGCGGUCUUCACCCAAGUCCCAGACGAAUCGCUUGUCCUGUCCCACAACAUCCAGCACCAAGUCGCCCUGCCCCCUGAUCUCGACUACGAAUACAUUCCCCUCUCCGAGCACAAGCCGCCCGCGGAGCCCGCACGCCAGUACAGCUUUAAGUUGGAUCCGUUCCAGGCGUUAUCUGUCGCUUCGAUCGAGAGGGAGGAGAGUGUGUUGGUCUCUGCCCACACCUCUGCCGGAAAGACCGUCGUCGCCGAAUAUGCGAUUGCGCAAUGUCUGAAGCGUAACCAGAGAGUCAUUUACACGAGUCCCAUCAAAGCCCUCAGCAACCAGAAAUACCGAGACUUCGAAGCACUGUUCGGCGACGUCGGUCUGAUGACUGGUGAUGUCACGAUCAAUCCCACCGCCAGUUGUUUAGUAAUGACAACCGAGAUUUUGCGCUCCAUGUUGUACCGCGGUUCCGAGAUCAUGCGCGAGGUUGCCUGGGUCGUUUUUGACGAAAUUCACUACAUGAGAGACAAGACCAGAGGUGUCGUUUGGGAAGAGACCAUCAUUCUUCUUCCUGAUAAGGUCCGCUACGUCUUCCUCUCCGCCACCAUUCCCAACGCCUUCCAGUUUGCGGAGUGGAUUGCCAAGAUCCACCACCAGGCGUGUCACGUCGUCUACACCGAUUUCCGUCCGACACCUCUUCAGAACUACUUCUUCCCUGCUGGCGGUAGCGGUAUCUUCCUGGUUGUCGACGAGAAGGGCGUGUUCAGAGAAGGCAACUUCCAGAAGACCAUGGCCCUCAUUGAGGCGGGCAAGGGCCAAGACCCCAACAACGCCAACGCGAGCUGGAAAGGCAAGGGUGCCAAGAAGCAGACGCAAAAGGGUGGAGCGGCGUCCGACAUGAAGUCUGAUAUCUCCAAGAUCAUUCGCAUGAUCAUGCAGAAGAGCUUCCAUCCCGUCAUUGUCUUCAACUUCAGCAAGAAGGAGGUUGAGAACCUGGCUCUACAGAUCUCUCACUUCCAGUUCAACAACGACUCCGAGCAGGCCAUGGUCAAGACCGUGUUCAACAACGCCAUUCAGAGCUUAUCUGAGGCCGAUCGCGAGCUUCCCCAGAUCCAGAACCUGCUCCCCCUAUUGCAAAAGGGUAUUGGUGUGCAUCACUCUGGUCUUCUCCCUAUUCUAAAGGAGACAAUUGAGAUUCUGUUCCAAGAGUCUCUGAUCAAGGUGCUUGUCGCAACCGAAACCUUCUCCAUUGGUCUCAACAUGCCUGCCAAGACUGUCGUCUUCACCCAAACUAACAACGUGGGAUGGAGUGCAACGGAGACCUCUUACCCCGUCCGAGUACAUUCAGAUGUCUGGUCGUGGCUGGUCGUAGAGGUCUGGAUACGCGUGGUCGUGGGCGAGCAGACAGAUAACUCCGCCUUCUACCUCGGCUACAACAUGAUUCUCAACCUCUUAAGAAUCGAGGCUAUUUCCCCCGAGUUCAUGCUUGAGCGUUGCUUCCACCAGUUCCAGACAGGUGCUAGUGUCCCGACUUUGGAACGUGACUUGGUCGCUCUCCAGCAAGAGAGGGAUAGCAUGUCCAUCGCUGAUGAGGCUACGGUCAAGGACUACUACAACCUGCGCAAUCAGCUGGAGCAGUACACUAGCGACAUGCGCGCUGUCAUUCAGCACCCUGAGCACUGCACCGACUUCAUGCAGCCCGGCCGCCUGGUCCGUAUCCACGACCCCAAGAAGACCAACAACACAAUUGGUGGCACCGACUUCGGCUGGGGUGUUGUGGCGAACCUGAUCCGCCGCGACCGCAACCGCAAGCAAGGCGAGCCUGAGUACCCUCCUCAAGAGUCCUGCCUCAUCGACGUCAUGAUGGUUGUAGACCAGAAGAGCGCACCUGUUGCCGAAGGCUCCAGGUAUUUGAUCUCGGAUCUGCCAUCAGGCCUGGUUCCCUACCCGAACCCUGAACAUCCGGACAAUGGAGCUCGCUUCGAGAUUAUCCCUUGUCUGCUGACUUGCGUCAAGUCAAUCAGUCAGAUCAGGGUCUUCAUGCCCAAGGACUGCAAGUCGCAGUCCGCGCUCAACGAGGUUGGCAAUUCUCUUCGGGAGGUUCACAGACGCUUCCCCGACGGACUGCCUAUUUUAGACCCCGUUGAGAACAUGGGCAUCACCGACGAGUCUUUCAAGGCCCUGAUGAGGAAGAUUGAGAUGUUGGAGGCGCGUCUCCUCACCAACCCCCUUCACGGAUCACCACUGCUGCCCGAGCUCUACCUUCAGUAUCGCUCCAAGGAGAAACUCGGCGAGCAGAUCAAGUCCAAGAAGAAGGAGAUUGCGAGACUUCAUAGUAUUGCUCAGAUGGACGAGCUCAAGGCGCGCAAGCGUGUCUUGCGCCGUCUUGGAUUCCUCAACGAGUCCGAGGUUGUCGAGCUCAAGGCCCGUGUCGCCUGCGAGAUUUCUUCCACUGAGGGCCACGAACUUGUUCUUGCCGAGCUUCUGUUUGAUCGCUUUUUCAACGAGCUCUCGCCCGAGCUCAUUGCCGCGACGCUGAGCUGUUUCGUUCUGGACGAAAAGCUUGAGACAGCAGCGCUGCGUGAGGAGUUGGCCAAGCCUUACCGUGAGGUUCAGGCCAAGGCGAAGCAAGUCGCCAAGGUCAGCCGAGAGAGCAAGCUUGAGCUCAAUGAGGAGGAGUAUCUGGCUGGCUUCAAGUGGCAGUUGAUGGAGACUGUCUACUCAUGGGCACAAGGCAAGCCGUUUGCAGAUAUCUGCAAAAUGACCAAUGCCUACGAGGGCUCACUUAUCCGCCUCUUCCGCCGUUUGGAAGAGCUCCUGCGCCAGAUGGGCCAGGGCGCCAAGGUCAUGGGCAGCGACGAGCUCACCCAAAAGUUUGAGGAUAGUCUCGCCAAGAUCCGCCGUGACAUCGUCGCAGCCCAGAGUUUGUACCUGUAGAACUCUAACAAGGUUUGUUUCUAGAUGCUGGCAACUAUGUUUUCUUGCUAGCAGUUACUGGAUAGCCCUCACGCUCCCCCAUCUUCUAGCCCGUUGUACUUUUUUGCUUUUAUUAGGUAGCCCCAGGGGACAUGAUGGCGUUUGGUGGUUAUUCGAGGUUUUAUACCAUGCAUGUAGAAUCUUUGUGUGUGCGGAUUCGGAGUUUUCGGCCCUCAAAAAGUCGCUUUCUCCAUGGCCACCAAUGAAGCAGAUAAUGGCCCCUUUUUGUUCGCUGUCUAUCUAUGUGAUCCA